GCCUAAGCAAACGCGGCAAAAUGGUCUACACGGAACGCACCGAUCUGUGCCUCUCGAGCAGCAAGGACAAUGCCGGACAGGGCAAAUCCCAGCCGAAGACGACAUCCAGCCCCAGCUCCAGCUCGGGCGCCUGGAGCAGUCAGGCCUCCAGCGCCGAGAAAUGGAAGUACAAUAAUAUGGUCAAGGAUAAUCGCGAUAAGUUCAAUGGCAUGCACUUCUCCUAAUUCCCAACCUGUUUACGGGCAAUGGGGCUUUAUUUUUGGGGCUAAUCAAUUGCCUGCAACGUGAUCGAGACUUAUUGUUAUAUCUGGGCUCUAUGGGUUAAUUGUAGCUUAGUUGUAAGCCUGUUAAUGAUUGCAAAUGUUAAAUUAUCUUGAGAGAAUUAAAAAACAAAAAAAUGCGCAAAACAA